AACCUAAAACAAGCAAGUUUUUUUGAUUUGCAUUCAGUAAUAAAUAAAUAAAAGCAUGGCUUCAAAUGCUAUUUUCCUCAUCACAUUAGCCCUCUUCAAUUUCAUUUGCAUCUCCUUGGCCUUCGACCCUCGUCCUCUUCAAGAUUUCUGUGUUGCAGAUCCCACGGGAAAUGCAACAUGCAAGGACCCAAAAACGGUUACUGCCGACGACUUCUUCCUCAGCGGUCUAGAUCGGCCCAAAGGCUUUAACUCUUACGGCGUGGCCUUGGUGAUUGCGGACCCAACCACUGUCCCGGGGUUCAACACUCUAGGCUUGACAUAUGCGCGGGUGGAGUAUGCGCAGAAUGGCUACUUCCCGCCGCACAUUCACCCUAGGGCGUCAGAGGUGAUCUAUGUGGCGGAAGGUACGGUCGAGGUCGGGUUCGUAACUACGUACCCAGACUACAAAUAUUACAGCAAAGUUUUGAACCAAGGUGAUGUCUUCAUCAUCCCUGUCGGCCUCGUCCACACCCAGCGAAACGUGGCCAAAGGAAAAAGUGUUACGUUGGUGGCUCUCAACAGCCAGAAUCCCGGCAAUAUUUUUAUCCCUGACAAUGUUUUCGCGGCGAAGCCCGCCAUCAACAGCCAUUAUCUAGCCGGAGCGUUUAAGCUGCUCGAGUUAACUGUGAGAAUUUUGCAGGGGAAGCCGUGGUUUAUGUAUUAAUCGGCAUGUGACUCUUCCACUCGGUUUGUCUAAUGGAUUAAUAGCGUUCAAUUUCUCAGAUGGUGAUUGAACGCUAGAAUAAUGUGAAGUCGUGUUUGAAUAAACUUAAUUAUAUCCUCUCUUUGUAUCGUUAAGUUAAGUUUCCGUAAAAAUGUUAUAAGUUGAUGUUGGU